AUGUCCUUGCCCCCUGGUUUCCAUAGUGAAAAGCCUAAUCAGGUUUGCAGAUUAUUAAGAUCCUUAUAUGGGUUGAAACAGGCAAGUAGACAAUGGAAUGCAAAAUUGACUCUAGCUCUACAGAAGCAUGGAUUCCAGCAGUUAUCUGCAGACCCCUCACUCUUCACAAAGAGUUCAGAAAAUUCAUUCACUGCCCUUCUCAUAUAUGUAGAUGAUAUCUUGGUGGCUGGGACCAACUCACAUCACAUUGUGCAACUAAAGAAAUAUCUUGAUAAAGCUUUCAGGAUAAAGGACCUUGGUCCUCUGAAUUACUUCCUAGGGAUUGAGGCUUUCAAAACAAUGGAUGGCAUCUAUUUGUGCCAAAGGAAAUACACUUUGGACAUCUUGACAGAAAGUGGUUUCCUAGAAUCUAAACCUGCAAGGACACCAGCAGUAACAGGACUUAAGCUCAAUAAUUCAGAUGGGGACUUAAUUGACAACCCUGAAUCAUAUAGAAGACUAGUUGGGAAGUUGUUGUACUUGACAAACACCAAGCCUGAUAUUUCACAUGCUGUGCAACAACUAAGUCAGUUUGUUGAUAAGCCUAGAAGUACUCACCUCAUUGCUGCUCAUAGAGUGCUUAGAUACAUCAAAGGAUCUCCUGGAAAAGGGCUCUUCUACAGCACAAGUUCUGAGAUCAAAUUACAAGGAUUUUCAGAUUCUGAUUGGGCUAAUUGUGCAGAAACUAGGAAGUCCAUCACUAGUUAUUGCAUUUACCUUGGAGAUAAUUUGAUCUCAUGGAAGACUAAAAAGCAAGCCACUGUUUCCAGAUCUUCAUCUGAAGCUGAGUACAGGGCCCUAGCUUCUACUGUGUGUGAGAUACAAUGGCUCCACUAUUUGUUGACUGAUCUAAAGGUGCAACUUCCAACUCCAACUCCUUUGUUCUGUGACAAUCAGUCUGCAAUUGCCAUUGGGGAGAACUAUGUUUUCCAUGAACGGACUAAGCAUAUAGAGAUAGAUUGCCAUGUUGUCAAGCAAAAGGUGCAUGAAGGAUUGAUCAAAUUGAUGCCUAUUUCAUCACAAAGACAAGUUGCAUAUGGUUUCACCAAAUCUUUGUCCAAACCAGCCUUUGAUUCAUUCCAUUCUAAGUUGGGCCUGCAAGAUAUUCAUGCUCCAACUUAA